AUGUUUGGUGGUUUGAGUAAAGACAUGGAGGCUGAUGUUAAUGGCUUUCAAGAGAGUCUUGAUCUACAAAGCGAAUAUGGUGAGUCUACAAGCAGUGAGGAGCAACAAUGUCAUUCAACAAUACUCAAGGUCGAGUUAGUUGAGGCAACUGAAACGGCGUUGUCAUCCAUUGAAGAUGGUUUGAAGGAUAUGGUUAAAGAUCAACCGGAUAGGAGUCUUAUUGAUCAUGAUCAGAUUCGACAUUCUUGCCCUUCCCAUCAAAUUUUGAGUUCCUUACCAUUGGAGCACCAAGAACAGUGUUGCUUGAAUUCAGCCGGGGUUGAUUUCGCUGCAACGAGUAAGAUGAAGGUGUCAUCAAUUGAAGAUAGCUCAAGGAACGUGUUUCAAGAUCAAAAGAACGAGUCUUCUGAUGAUAGCUGUGUUCGACAGUCUGGUUGCAUAGCUGACAUAACUUCAGAUUUUUCAAAUAUCAAUCACAAAGAACAAGGCCGAUUGAUAAUGCUUGAUAGUGAUGAGACUAAGGACACUUCGCCGACAAUUGAUGGAAUGUCAAAAGGGUCAAUAUGCAAUGGUCGGCAGCAUGGGGAAUCUGCCUCAUCAGCUUCUGUUUCUUCACAGUUUAUUCAACAAGAUAAAAAUAGAUUCAUGAGACUCGGUAUUGAUCAAGCUGAAACAAACACGACUACAUCAUUGAUGGCUGGUGAUGUAUCCACAAAAUUGAUUUGCAAUGAUGAUGAUCAAACUCGGCGACUUGAUUCAUCGGCCGGUUCUGUUUCUCUUGAACAAUCGGAUCAAGACCGUUGA